AUGCAGCACGUUCUCCAAACCGCAUUGAGCUCCGGCUUUUCGGCUACUGAAGGGUUUCACUCGGACAAGCCUAACAAGGUCGACCCAUCAUUCAAUGGAAUGGAAGCAGUUCUCCCCCAAUCUUUCGUUCCUCAGACAUCGACACGCAUCACAUUGAAAGGCAAGAAGAGUGAUGUUCAGAUCCCUUGGAUGUCCAUCGGAGCCUGGCCAUGGGGCGAUAAGGCAACAUGGCACUGGGAUCCGAAGGAGCGCGAAGGCCUCAACGAGGCUUGGAAGUACCUCGUCGACAACAACAUCACGUACAUCGAUACCGCUCAAGCUUACGGUAGCGGCGAGAGUGAAGUCAUCUGCGGCGAGCUCGUAAAGGACAUGCCUCGCGACAAGUUUAUCAUGCAGACCAAGUACUACGUCGUCCCCGACAACUUCAAGAACAUCUUCACACCGGCCUCUGCGCCAUACAAGAUGCUCAAGGAGUCGCUAGAGCGUAUGAAGCUCGACUACAUGGACGUCUACAUGGUCCAUGGCCACAUACACGCAGGCAGCAUCAAGCAGGUGGCCAAGUCGUUGGCUGACUGCGUCGACGAGGGUCUCUGUAAGGUCGUCGCUGUUGCCAACUACAGUGUAGAAGAUAUGCUGCAGAUGAAGGAAGAGCUGGCGAAGUACGAUAUUCCCCUGGAGUUGAAUCAGUGCGAGUAUCACGUCAUGCGCCGUCUCCCUGAGACGGAAGGUAUGCUCAGGACUUGCCGUGAAAACGGCAUCCAGUUCCAGUCGUACUCGUCGCUCGCACAGGGUCGUUUGACAGGAAAGUGGACACCCGACAACGAGCCACCGAAGACGUAUCGCUUCAGCUCAUACCCCAUCAAGGAGAUUCAGCACACACUCGAUGUGGUGAAGGGGAUUGCAGAGAAGCGUGGUGUCAGCAUGGCUGCUGUGGCUCUGAACUACAACAUCAGCAAGGGUGUCAACCCUGUUGUUGGUGUGAGGAAUCUGGAGCAAGCCAAGAGCAACCUUCAGGCUUUUGGUUGGAGAUUGACCGACGAGGAGAUCCGAGAGAUGGACAGCGUCAGUAUUGAGGGCAAGCACACCAAGCUUUGGCAGCAGGGUUAAGCAGUACUCGAAGUGAUCUAGAUAAUGAAUGACAUGUAUCACG